AUGCCUGCUCGAUCACAAUCACGUAUCACAACGGCCUGUAACUCCUGCCGUCAUCGGAAGCAAAAGUGCAGUGGGAAUCGACCGCAAUGUCUACAAUGUCUCGAGCAUCGGCGAACCUGCGACUGGCCUGAACAACUAAAACGGGGUCCCGCGAAAGGCUACUUCGAAGCUCUCGAACGCCGUCUCCAAGAAACCGAGAACCUUCUCCUGGGCCUUCUACAUCAGGUAUCUGACGCUCAGCUGUCAGACGCUAUCCCAGUCCCACAUCAUGGUUCCCCGGCGCAGCUCCGGUUGUCAAAACGGGGCAGCGAGCAUUGGAAGCUAUUUCCGCUACGAUCUGUACAGGAAAUUCGGGCCUGGCAGGCGGAUUCCCAGCAACCAGUGCCGGGAGGUGCUUCUACUUCUACCUCUACGCCUAGAAUCGAUCGGAAUGAUGUUUCUAUUCCGGCAAUUCAAGAAGAGCUUAGACUUCCGCAAGACUCUCCACAGACGCAACGUGAGAGUCCGGAGGUACAACCGAGCGUGAGUGCAUGGAGUGGAGCUCCCUCGGUCAACUUCCAGCAGCAGUUUCUGUGGUAG